CCCUCUCCCUGUCAUAGGUGGUUUAGCAACAGGUGUGCAUGCGAGUGUGAUACUGAGUUGAAGAUAUUUUUGAAUUUGUUUUACAGUGCAGUAGAUUUUUAUUUAGUUUAGCUAAUUUUAUUAGAGCAUUUGAGCUUUCUGUCCAGUUGUGUUCUGACUGGAAAAUCAAAUAUUCAUACUCAACACACAAACUGCAGAGUUUUGGUUUGACGUCGUGCGGGACCGGUGACCUGCAGCCAGGUGAACAUGAUGAACCAAUCAGCUGUCCUGAAACUGGCCUUGCUGCCGCUGCUACUGCUGCUGCUGGUGUACGGCACAGAUGCAAAGAUGGACAUCAUUUACAGUAAGCAAGAUGUGCAAGUGGGAGAGGAGUUGUUACUGUUGUGUAAAGCUGGAGGAGAGGGAGAUAUAACAUGGAUGAAGGAUGGGGAAGACAUUGAUGAAGAAGAAAAGGUGUCAAAGAUAGAUGAGACCUCUUCUAAACUGCUCAUUAAGAAAGCUACGAUGGAAGAUGCGGGCAGGUACACCUGUGCGUGUGACUUCGACAGCGGACACAGAGAUGAGACUCACUUACAGCUGUACGUUUAUGAGGGUCCAACAUUUCCAAACACCAAAACCUACCAUGAGUUUCUGGAGGGCACAAAAGGGAUGGUGCCAUGCCUGGUGAAAGGCCAGCCAGCAGUGAAUGUCCGCUGGUUUAGAGACAUGCAACAAAUCCCCUCUGAUGAGGGAGAACGUGUGCAUCAGAUGCCUGAUAACACACUUCAUAUUGAAAAAGUGAAGAGAGAGGAUGCUGGGACAUAUGUGUGUCGGGCCCAGAUCAAAGGACGGUCCAUCUAUCAGGAGCUUGCCGUCUCUGUUGUUGUCAAUGUUCCUCCUACAGUGGCUCUGAGAGAGGACAUGAAAAAAGUGAUGGCUGGAUCAGAAACCAACGUCUCCUUGAUUUGUUUGGUGGACGGUCAUCCAAAACCCAAUAUCACCUGGAACAUGCCGGUGACAUUUGACCCUUCACAUCAUUGGUUCAACUCAGACCGCAGUGAGUUGACUAUACAAUCUGUUACCAGAGCCGACUAUGGGGAGUACAUCUGCACCGCCACCAACAAGAUAUCUGAUGACACUGCUACCAUGAUGCUUCAUGUCUUUGAGGCCCCAGAGGUGUCUGUCUCAGCAGAGAAGCAGAGUGUAUCAGUGGGUGAACAUGUAUCUGUGUCCUGUAAUGUCUCUGGCCAUCCUCAGCCUGAGCUAUACUGGCUCAACAAGCACAACGGACAGACACUGGACUCUACUUCUGGCCGUGUUCGAGUGGUGGAUGGUGAGCUGGUGAUAGAUGAGAUAGUGCCCUCUGAUGGCGGACUUUAUUCCUGCAUGGCUGUCAGCACCUCUGGAAAUGCAUCCAGAGAUGUCGCAAUACAGACCCAACCUGGUCCACCUCACUAUAUGUCAGUCUCACCUGCACCGGCCUCAGUUGUCUUCUCCCUCAAAACCUUACCCAUCAGUGGAGGAGCACCAAUCACAAGUUUUGUUCUGCAGUGGAAGCAAAGUGAAACCGAACAGUGGAAGGAAGUCACAGUACCGGCUUCAGGUCCCCUAGCCAUCACCGCUCUCAAGCCGUACACGUUGUACACAGUGCGUUUGGCUGCCUUGAACGCAGUAGGACUGGGACAGUUCUCUGACAUUAACAGAGUUCGCACCCAGGGAAUACGUGAACCUGACAGUCCAGUUUUGUCAUCUGAUGAGAUAAAAAUAGAGGGCAACUCCUUCUCUGUCCCUCUUAAACAGACUGAUGAUGGUGGAACUCCUUUGUUGCACUUCAACGUACGAUACAGACAGGAUACAGAAGGGGCUGAGUGGAUAGAGAUGCAGCUGUCAUCUGAUGCUGCCUCCAUCUCCCUUAAAGACCUGUCUAUUGGGUCAGACUAUCAACUGGAAGUCACAGCAGUCAAUGCUAAUGGCUCCUCUAUCCCUGCCACGUUCAACUUCACCAUCGCAGAACAGCCUGUGAGCAGCCGCAUGACCAAAGGCAGUGUGGUUGGCAUCGUCAUGAUGAUCUUCCUGGUGGUGUUCCUGGUGGUAGAUGCCACCUGCUGCUACAGAAAUCGCUGUGGCCUUCUCAUGACCAUCGCUGUGAAACUCUUUGGACAGCAAGUUCCAGGCCUCAAAAUGCUUGAAGAAGGAGCAGGGACAACUAAUGGAGAACUGAAGCUGAAGGGUAUUUCUACUCCAAGAGGCAGUAUUCAACAAUCGGGGGUCAACACACUCAGCAAGGAGGGGGGGCAUCUCACCGAGGUCACCUGCGAUAAAGCCCCCCUCACCAAACAUGAGAAAAUACAACCAGAUAGAGAGCUGCCCACUGUCAAUGCAUGAGGCCAGAAACUGGUGAAACAAGAAGCAUGAGGGUAUAACGUGUGAAAAUGUACUGUAUAGACAACAAUGGAAACAGUGGAACAAUCAUCUGGUCAAAGCUACUGGCUCAGAAAACUCUCUACUCUGAUCUCUACAUUGGAUACAGUUGCCAUGGGAACGGUCAAAUGUACCGACAGACUGUAGGAAGAUGACUGAUUUUGUCAAAGUGUGGUAGUACCAACUUUUUCCAAACCUCUGUGCUUUUGGAGUGAGACAUCUGUGUUGUGCCUCUCCUGACAGCACUGUCCUCCCCUCAGGCUGAAAUCUUUCCAGCCUCCAGCUGACAGAAACCACAAGCAGGAGAUGAUGGUGUUUUAAAGUAUUUCUGUCACUCUGUCUGCUCUGAUUUAGAGAAGUUCAAGCUAAAUUCUCCUCUACAGGGUAAUUUUGGCAUCAGGGUGAAAUUUACAGGGUAAAAUUAAAUAAUACUAUUUAAUUUUCAAAUUGCUAAAUAUUCUUAGUGACGCAACAAAUGUUUACCUACUGCAUUUUGAAUGUUGUACACAGACACAGGGUCUUGUUUUAUUUGUACUCUUUUUUAACCAUGCCAUGACUGUUUUGUGUAACACAGCUUUUGUAACAUCCAAAGAUUUGUUUGUGUUAAGUGGUUUCAUUUCAAUUCUCUUUAUUCUUGUUAAUUUUUAAAUACAUAUUGUAUUUUGCUGCUCUUCUGAUAUUUAUGUAAGGUUUAACAUCUUGUUUUUUUUUUAAAAUAACAACACUGUAUCCUGAUACUAACCAGCACUAUGAACCAUUUAAAAGGCACUUCAACUCAAACUACACCUAACUAACCUUAAUGUAAUUAUUACCCAGUGAUAUUUAUUAUUUUUAAGCCAUACAUGAGAGAUAUUCAUGAUGAGAAGCUUUGGAUUUAAAGCCAUAUUUGUAGCCAGUUUUACUGUACCGAACAACCUUUUUUAAAGUACCUGUAAUAAUAUCUACAUAUAUAUAUAAGAAGUGGAGUAAUUU